AUGGCGGGCGGGCCCCCCAAGGCCCUGCCGUCCACGGGGCCCCACUCCCUGCGCGACAUGCCGCACCCGGCUGGCCGGCUCCAGCAGCGAGGAGGCCGUGGGAGAGACAGCACGCCCAGCCCGGACCUACUGAUGGACCGCAGCUUCGGUGACAAGGAUCUCAUUUUGCCCAAUGGUGGUACUCCAGCAGGCACUUCGAGCCCAGCUUCUUCAUCUUCCCUUCUGAACAGACUCCAGCUUGAUGACGACAUUGAUGGUGAGACCAGAGAUCUCUUUGUCACGGUUGAUGAUCCCAAGAAGCAUGUCUGUACAAUGGAGACCUACAUCACAUACAGGAUCACCACUAAAAGCACUCGGGUGGAGUUUGACUUGCCAGAAUAUUCUGUUCGCAGAAGAUACCAGGAUUUCGACUGGUUGAGGAACAAACUGGAAGAAUCGCAGCCCACUCAUCUCAUUCCCCCGCUUCCUGAGAAGUUUGUGGUGAAAGGUGUCGUGGAUCGUUUUUCAGAAGAGUUUGUGGAGACCAGAAGAAAAGCUUUGGAUAAAUUUCUAAAAAGGAUUACAGAUCAUCCCGUGCUCUCGUUCAAUGAACACGUCAACGUGUUCCUCACUGCUAAGGACCUGAAUGCCUACAAGAAGCAGGGGAUAACACUGCUGACCAGAGUGGGUGAGUCCGUCAAGCAUGUCACGGGAGGCUAUAAGCUGAGGAGUCGGCCUCUGGAGUUUGCAGCCAUUGGCGACUACUUAGACACGUUUGCACUCAAACUGGGAACCAUCGAUCGGAUAGCCCAGCGGAUCAUCAAAGAAGAAAUAGAGUACCUUGUAGAGCUGAGGGAAUAUGGGCCUGUGUAUUCCACGUGGAGUGCCUUGGAAGGCGAGCUGGCAGAGCCCCUGGAAGGUGUUUCGGCCUGCAUUGGGAACUGCUCCACAGCCUUGGAAGAGCUGACUGAUGACAUAACAGAGGAGUUUCUACCAGUGCUCAGGGAAUACAUUCUCUACUCUGACUCCAUGAAGAGUGUGCUGAAGAAGAGGGACCAAGUUCAAGCAGAGUAUGAAGCCAAAUUGGAAGCUGUGGCUCUGAGAAAGGAAGAUCGCCCCAAGGUGCCGGCAGAUGUGGAGAAGUGCCAGGACAGGAUGGAGUGCUUCAACGCUGACCUGAAGGCUGACAUGGAGAGGUGGCAGAGCAGCAAGCGGCAUGACUUCCGGCAGCUGCUCGUGGGCUUGGCUGACAAGAACAUCCAGUAUUAUGAGAAGUGCCUCAUGGCGUGGGAGUCGAUUAUUCCACUACUGCAAGAGAAACAGGAGACCAAGUAGCUGUGUUCCUGGCACCGAGACUCUUCUGCCUCCACAGGGCAUGGCACCCUGAACCAGAAUGUCCCUGCAGCGCCCGAGAGGUGGUCAUGGGAAA